GUGGCUGGUCGUUGUGCUCGCCGUCCAUAACAUUCUCUUCAGGGCUUUAUUGUCGUCUGAACCCUAGCCUGCACAAGGAAUCUCGGAUUGAUGACCUCUACGGAUGCCGAAUCUGUGACUGGUCGAAUAUUAGCGGCCACAAAUGGUGUACUAUCACCGGGCCCAUUGCCUUCUGUCUCACUUAGUCGCGACCAUAUUACUGAAGCUCUCGCCAAGUCUCCCGACACCGGCGCAACGCUCGAUUUGACUCGCAAGAAUCUGACUGACGUGGGGGAAGAUGGCGCGGAGGAAUUGGCAACCGUUGUUCGAGAGACUGACGAGGAGCCUGACAGUACAGUCGCAAGGAUUACCUUGGCUCAUAAUCGCUUGACCACCUUGCCUAUGGCAUUUGCGCUACUUUCACGUCUACGUUACCUUGUACUCAAGAAUAACAACUUUACUGUGUUCCCUGAUGUUUUGACGAUAAUGCCUUCAUUGGAGAUACUGGAUAUCAGCCGUAACAAGAUCAAACGCUUACCGUCACAACCUGGUUCUCUCAUCAACUUACGGAUAUUUUCAAUCACGCGCAACGGGAUUCACAGAUUGCCUGCCUAUUUUACACAAUUUCGUAAUUUGGCUCUAUUCAGAGCGGAGCAGAACCCAAUUGAGUGGCCUCCUAAGUCAGUAAUGGAAGCGCCUUCCGUCGUAGAGGGUGCUGCCAUGAAAGGGUGGAUAUCGAAUGUCCAAAAAUGGAUGGAAGACAAUGGCUCCAUGGAAAGAAAACAGAGUGAUGACUCGGUAGUUACUGAGCAAUCUUCGUUGGACUACGAGAAUGAUCAGCCUCUCGAUGACUUUCAGGGUAACUCUCCGUUUUUGCAGGAAAGAGACGGGAGCCAAACCAACAUAGACUCGGCGCUUCAUAUUCGCUCCUUCUCUUUGGAGUCGGAUGUAUCAAUAUAUUCUGAUAUGGCGAACCUUCAUGCGCCUCCCAAACGAAAAGCUUCUCAUUCUCCAGGACCCUCAAGGCUUCGACUUGAUGUUCCCGUCAUUCCUCGCAGUCUCAGCGCCAACGCAUCUCCGGUGCGGUCACCAGGAACAUAUCUUCCUACUCCGGAUGAAUCCAUCCCAUCCACUGACGACGAAACCACCAACACUAAUCGUACACGUCGAGGGAAGUUAUCAUGGCACCUAAGAGCCUCCUCAGCCUUUGCGUCCCAUGACACCGCAAAGCGUAUUGGUGCCAAGAGUCUACCUGAACUUAGGUCGCCCACACUGCCUGAAAAGUAUCCAGGUCUUAAUAGUCAAGUGCCUCUUCCGGCCGGUCCGAUUCCCUCACCUCCUUUUCGUCAAGAGUCUGGUUCGUCCAAUGGGUCCGUUUCGAAUCACACUCGCACGAGAAUUCUUGCGCAGGACACCGUCAGUGCAUCGCCAAUCUCGACAGACAGGCCGGCACCACCUAUGGACGUCGAGAGAAAUUCAUACUUCCGUCGAUUAUCAACUCUAACUUCUACACCCCUCUAUAAGUCCGUCCCAGCGUCUCUUUUGAAGCUUGUGGAUGCUAUUCGAGGGAUCCUCUUUGCCGUCUCGCAAAUUUAUCAAACGUUACAACACUAUACUGUAUACGCUAUCGAUGAGAGACUUUCAGCUGUUCUCCUCAAAGUGUUGGAUCCGGCAAGCAUGUAUAUGCAUCAACUCAUAGACGCUCUGGAUCGAUUCGAUACAACUUGUAGAAGAACACUUCCCUCUCCUGCACUCUGUAGAGCUGUAGUCGAAAGUUGCAGGGAUAACGUCACUGUCUUCGGCAAGGCAAUUGGCAUGUUAUCCCUGCAGUUGAAAGUGCUUGCUACGCAUGAUGAUGUGCGUUACACGAGGCAGAUGCUUCUCGUCCUAUAUGGAGCCAUGGCAGAGAUAGCAAGUUCUUGGCAGACGAUCACUAGUGAAAUCGAAGUUGUCAAACCUUUGUUGCAGGACCAUCGCCCACCGCCCGUAUCCAAGUCGUAUGUUGCGCCGACACCCACUAUUCGCACGACUACUGUCUCUCCCGUUGAGAAUGUCCUAUCGCCGCCAGCAACGGCUCCGGCCGCCCUCAGCAUGCCAUCUGGCUCUCAUGGCCUUCAGUUCCGGCCUUUGCUACGGUCAAAUUCAGGACAUGAUACAGGCGAUCUAGAAAAACGUAUCUCUCGUCGACAUGCGGGCUCAUUCAGCUUGAAAGAUGUACAGAUUGGCAGAAUGCUACCAUCGUUCGUAGGGGCUCCCCACCUCUCCGCAGGAGUUGCAGAGACGUCUUCCACCCCUACCCUAAGGGCCUCACGGCGGAUGCCCCAAUCUGCAGGGUCCACACCGGUGACGCAUUUUGUUGGGCCAGUGCCGUCCUCGAUCUUACCUGCGCGGUGGGAUUCACAUUCACGUGAGGGGUCUUCUAGUUCGCUGGUGGCAUCCAUGUCCUCGCCGUCGUUGAAGCCACCGAUGGCAGAUCAGGCGUCAAGUACCAACACUCUAAUGGAUAAGCAAGCUAUUGAAGCCGUGAAAGUAGCUGUCGAGGCCGCCCCUUCCGUCUGGGAGAUGAUGGACGGGCUCCUUGGCGAAAUCGAGGAGUUGAGAGAGGAACUGUCUGAGUCCUUGCAAAAGGCUAAGGAGAUCACUGAAGUUGUGAGAAUAAAUAUACAAGCAUUGGAAGCGGGAGAUCCAAGUGCAGACAGAAAUCAUCUCCGCGAAGAUGCACACGUAUUCGUGAGGACUGUCAUCCACUUGUCUAACGCAGUUAAGACGCACGGCACCGCUCAACAUCUUCCCGAUGAAUUACGAAUGAAUAUGGUUACGCUCACGAAUGCCACUCAAGAAUUUGUUAUCCUCCUUCAUGUCUCCUCGUUCUCACCUGCUCCCACUCCUAGACCAUACUCUCACAUGGUGAGCGCUGUCUCAGUACCUCGAUCUACCCCGCCUGUCAUUCCAGAAGAUGGACAAUUGGGUGCAAACUUGUCACGUAGUCGAAGUACAGCGCCAACGUCUUCCAAGCUCGUCCGGCCUCAUCGGGAACCCCCACGUAGUGCCCUACUGUCUCAUCAAAGCUUUAGGAUCCCUACACCUCCUCGUUUCGGACUUCUGAGAAGUCGCAGCGGGGAGGAAGCCGUGCCAGGAUAGCAUGGUAUCGAUCCAUAUGUUUCUUUUGCGGGCUCCGGUUGACUCUCAUUCAUUCACUUGCAUCUAAGUUAUCCUCAUCUAUUGUCGCCCUCUACUAAUCAUCAUAUAGCAUACCAUCCAUGUCAUUUUGGACGUUACCGAUCCAUCUAUCCAUCCGUACAUCACUAUCACAUCCAGCUAUCGUCGUCCACAUCGUUUGCAUUAAUACCAUUAUCUAGCAUCCCCCAAAAAAUCCAAGGACAUUUAUGAUGAUCACUCCAUGUCUCAGGUAGACUCGAGUACGAUAGCACUAUGACUUUGGCUUAGCUCUCGCUGAAACCCCGUCUUCCGCGUUCGCCAGGAUCCUGUCGAUCUCUGCGCGAAUCUCUGCAAGGUUUGCCUUCAAGAUCUUUACAUCCUCAAAUUUCCUAUGAGCCUUGGCUUCUUCAACAAAUGAUUCCAGCAGAGCUUCCUGCUCCAGUAGAGGCUGUAGUGCAUGUGCAACCUCUGAAUCGGGAUCGACCAUUUGUGAAUGUUCUUCAACGUCGGCCUUCGGAGCCUGGUCAGAUGUUAGCCUUUUCGGCUUUGGCAGUGCCUGAUGAAAAGGAUCAACUAUUGAGCUCGCGUCGUUGCCACGGAACUUGUGCUAACCUGGAGAGGGAACAUGUUCUUCUGUAGGAAGUUGUUUGCCCUGGACAGGAUAGCUGUUUGGACCCUGUCUUGCGAACUCCCUUGACCCUCUGGUGAUGGAAUCUUUCGUAUCCGCUUUGCAAGAGCGUCAUAUUGAGCGAAUGCUUCCAGCAAUCGUUUCCUGGCAGCUGAAGCCUCUGGAGAUGGUCGUUCGUCAUUGCUAUGUUCAUUUGAAGGUGAGCUGCAAGCACGUAUGGGAAAGAGUACAAUCCAUACCUUAAGCUGAGCACGAGUUCCUGGAAUUGCGGUAAGGCCUCUUCAAUCUCCUUUUCGAGGGAGAUGAAGGCCUGUGUGCAAAGUUUCUCAGGAUCAAACUCGAGGCUGUGAAGCGAAAGACUUACAUCGUACAACUUCGAGAAUAUCGGUACAUGAUGAACCUCCUGUAGAUACUGUCGUCGACUGACAUCUCCAGUUGAGUAGAAAUUUAG